AUGUUUGGAUCCCCCGACAGAUCCAGACGUGAGGAAGCUAGGAUCUUGAAUCCCAUAGCGCAAUCAGCAGAGUGGUCCAAUGCGACGGUGCAGGGCGCGAUGCACGGUGACUUUUGGGAUUCAGUUGGAUUGAGACCUUCAGGUUGGGGCUCAGGGUUGCAGCAAAUGCUCGCCAUUGUUCUGACCAGUUGCGUAGAUGGCACAGAUGGCUUAGCAGAUCCCAAGAUCUCGGUGUCAAUCCUCCUGACGCAGCAUCAAUUGGACUUUUGUCCCACCGUCACUUCGGUAACGGCUUAUGCCAGGCUUUUGCAGGCGGAAAUGGAAACGCUUGCACUUUCUGGUGCGGAUGUGGAGCUUGAGGAAGCCCCAAGGCAAACAAAGAAACAGAGGGCCGCCGCUCUGCGUAAGGAGCAGACGGCAGCUGCCAAGGCAGGGACCAAGGGAGGUGGGGAUGCCGCCUCAUCAUCUGGACCUGAGUCUGGAGCCGCUGCUCAGGGAAAGGGAGGUCAGGGUACUGGAAAAGGCGGGUCAUCCAAUUCCAAUGCGGGUGCGAACAACGCAGCGGGUGGAAAGGCUCCUUGCAAAUUCUAUGCCAUGAAGGGUGGUUGUAAGAUGGGAAGGUCCUGUUGGUCCUAUCAUGAUUUCGGGAAGGCUUCGGCUGAGGGACGUUGCUAUACCUGUGGUUCUACAGAGCAUAAGGCGGAUGCUUGCAGUAGGCCUCAAGGAAAGCGUGGAGCAAAGGGCGAGGAUGCUCCUCGGGGGGAGUUAGGAUCCUCUUCUUCAGGCGCGGGUGGUGCUGGCAAAGGUGGGCCAAAGGGCUCUGUUCCAGAUUCUGCUUCCAAAGGGGAUGGAAAGGCGUCUCAGGUGAGACAGGUGACGGCCGAGGAGUCCACCACUAAUGCUAGCUCUAGCUCGGGAGGUGCGGAUCCUAAGGUUGCAAGGGCUGCUGAAGCGUCGUCUCAGGAUUUGAUCGCCGAAGCAACUAGGCUGCUGAAGGGUUUCCGGAUCGCGGCGGCGCGUGUUUCAGAUACGGAAUCAUGUGGGUCGGGAUUGGACCGUCCUGUUGAAGACACGUCGAGCGCUCAUGAGGAAUCGUCACCCGGUGCUUCGGAGGGCUUUUAUCUCACAAAGGUGGUCAAGGAACCUCCUAAGGGUGCUCGUGGUCUUUUGGAUGGGGGUGCCACUAACUCACUGCGCACCGCGAAGAGUCAGGAGGAGAUUGAUCAGUGCACCCUCACCCAGGUGUCUCUGGCUCUCGGGCAUGCUGAGUUGUUGCUUACUCCGGUAGGGACUCUUAUCUCAGCGGAGCCAGUUGCUCCAAUCGUUCCGAUGGGGGUGUUGGCGGCUGAACUUGAUUGCAAGGUUAACUGGGAGGGAGAGACUUGCCGUGUCAUCCAUCCCAAGCGUGGGAAGCUGCCAAUCGUAAUGGUAAACCGCUGUCCUGAGCUCUGUGCCAAAAUCACUGAAGAGUUGAUUGCUGAGAUAGAAGACAAGAGAGCUCUGGUGAUGCAACGAGCGCUGAGGUUGAAGGCUAUUGCUCUGGGAGUAAGUCAACAGGGGAUUAAUGAGCCCGUUUCUGUGGAUGCCAUGCUGGAGUGGUUGCAGAAACUUAGUCCUGAUUGUCCUAAGGGGAUCUUGGCUUGGGUUCCACCCGUUUGGCAGGACGACUUGAAGGGUGAGGAUGUUCCCUUCAAUCGAAGGGUCCGCCGGGCAGUUCAGAGGGCAGAUAAGGUGGUUCUUCAUUUGUUCUCUGGAAGGACGAAGCCACAAGAUUUUGGUCAGUGGCCUAGUUCUGUGUAUGUACUCUCGGUGGAUCUUGAGCGCGGGCUGGAUAUCUUGUCGGAUGGACUGUAUCAGUAUUUGCUGGAAUUGUGCAGUUCGGGGAAGGUCAUUGCCGUGGUGGGAGGAGCCCUGGGGCACUGCACGGCAAAGCCCACCACAUUGCUGGUAAAUGUUGAAACGCCUCCGGAGGAGGAGGAAGAUGAUCACAACUCUUGGGCGGCCUUGAGGGUCACCUGGGGUAUGCAAGCCGGCCCGCACAGCGAUAGGAACAUGAAGGACACGAAGAAUUGGUUGGUCCCUAUCAGCCGCUUUGGUGGAGGUGGGGAUGAGAAGGCUGUGUGGUUUGAUUCUCGAAAACGACAUGCUAUAGAAGCCGCCGAUGGCGAUCGCAUUGUUGUUGUGGCUUACACUCCCAGGUUGCCUCAGCCUAAGAGUCCGAAGCCUGUGGCACAGAUCGGCCGAGACCCACAAUAUUUUGACAUCAGCACUGACUCAGAGGAGGAUUCCUCUGAGGGGGAGUGGGAAGGCACAGGGGAGCCGAAGGAUUUUGAUCAGAGAGUUGCUCGCUUGUUGCAGCUUGUGCGUGAAGAGGAGAAGGCGUUGAUUGAGGAGCUGAGGCAGGGACUAACAAACGUGACGCCAUGCUUGGUCGCGGAGUUGCAAGAAGACUUGAAGAUCGCCAAUUUGUUGCAGGAGCAGGAUGGUUGUGAGCAUGAGCUUGAGCUUGUUCGUUCCAAGUUUGCGUUGCAUAAGUUGGCGUCGGUUGAGCGUGAGCUUGAACAAGCAUGGUGUGAGGUUGAAAAAACAAGCCUGCCUCAAGUGCGGGCGAUCAAGGUUCCAGCUGAAUCCUCACAAGAAGUUGAUCAUGAUCCUUCGCCUGGGUUGGGUCCUGCUUGUGGUUCUGUGUUUGCGCUUGGUGACGGCUUGGUCCCGUGGGAGUCCCCUCCGAGUUUGCAUCCGGACUUUGGCCUUGAAACACCUGAGAUUGUCGGAAAAGGAGCAUGUGCAGUGCCGGGGGCGCUUCUCCAGACGAGAAUUGUUUCCCAGGCUGAGGUCUGGAAAAAUCUUGAACAAUGGAGGCAGCCGCUGACAGACGAGGUUGUUGCCUUGAAGGAUUUGCACAGGGCUGUGUGGGCUAUUGGUCCCGAGGAGCUUAAACGUUUGGAGGAGCUUGCUGAGGUGUCGGUAAUUCCCGCGAAGGGUGUGUACACCCAGAAGCCAAUCACGAACAGACUUAGGGCUAGGAUAGUUGGAUGCGGGAACUUCCUAGAGGGUGAACCCCCUGCAGAGGAUGCUGCGAAGGGCAGUACGAGGUCUCAGGACCUCUAUGCCGGAGGUGUUGAUGGGGUCAGUGUGCGACUUCAGACAAGUGUCGCGGCAAUCAAGGGUUGGGGUAACGCUACCCUGGACAUCAAAACUGCCUUUUUGGGAGCCCCGCUGUAUCAGGAUCGCCAAGGCCAGGCUGUGUUGUCUCCCGGCGAUUUGAGUUCGGGUCGUCUUGACUUUGAUAUGUUGGUCAGAAAGCUCAAAAGCGUGCAAGGCAACAAGGUCAAGAUUGUGGUCGUUACUCCACCCCGAGUCCUAGUGAGUCUAGGGCUUGUGGAGGAAUCUGAAAAGUGGCUUGUCCUAAAGGCACUCUACGGUCUCGCGGAAGCCCCGCGGCGAUGGUCUUCCCAUCGUGACAUGUUGCUUCGACAGCAUACUUGGGAAGAUUGCGGCCGGCGCUUCUCCUUGAAGCAAUGCGUCGCGGACAGCAACUUAUGGAAGAUCGUUAGCGAACCGCUAUCGGGGGGAGUUGACGUGAAAACAGAGUCGGAACCUGUGCUUCACGGUUUGCUCGGUAUUUACGUUGACGAUAUGCUCAUCACCGCGGAAGAGCCGGUCAAGGAAAGGUAG